AUGCGUACCACAGCAUCAGUCAAACCAUCCCACUACCCAGCGAUACCCUUCCACAUUAUCCGCGCAACGGGUCUCAUUUCGACCUUUAUCGUAGGAAUUAUUCUUGCUGUCUUUAUCACCAACCUACACAGCCAUGGCUACAAGCUUCCGUGGGCCUUCCUGGUCCUCCUAAUCGCCACCGUCCUGACCCUUCUCAACUACAUUCUCACGACACUGACCCACUGCUUCUAUGGCCUCUCCCCACGCCUCUCCCUAACCACCAAUUCCAUCCUCCUAGUUCUCUGGCUCAUCUCCCUUGGCCUACUGAGCUACUGUCUUGCGCACACCAUCCUGACCAGCUGCACUACCACCUACUGGGGCACCUCAACCGGCAUCAACGUGUGCCGCAUCUACAAGGCGCUCUUCACGUUCACCAUCCUCGCGACCGCCGCCCACAUCGCCGCCGUCGUCCUCGAUGUGAUCGUCCGCCGACGCCAGACCCGCCUGGGCGAAUACGACCCCAUGGCCAGCAACGCCGCCCUCAACGACUACAAGAUGCACAACCGCGGGAGCAGCGUCAUGUCCGGCGGCGUGGGCCCCUACCACCCGGACGACAUGUACGCCCAGCCGCAUCCCGCGCAGCAGGGGCCCUACGGGUACCCCGCCGGCCAGGAGGCCUAUCACGAUGCACCACCGCCCAACAUGCCGGGCCAGUAUAUGUCCCCGCCGCCGUCGUAUAGCGGGCUGGGAGCCCACGCCGGCGCCGCAGCAGAGCACGACCGCGCUCACGAGGUGGAACAGUACAGCGACGCUGCGGCGGCGGGAGAUCUCGGGGCACAACACCCCAUGCCGCGGGUGCGGUUCAGCGCGUAUGGAGCUUCGGCGUCCACCAUGGGCUAUAACCGUCCCGUGGAGCAGACGGGGUAUGAUGCUGGGGCGUAUCGCUAG